AUGGCAAGUUGGUGGAAUUCUGCAGGUGCCAGUAAUUUCACGCGUGGUUUAACGUCAAUAACGGGACAAAUAUCCAGUAAUUUCAAAGAUAUUUUAUCAGAAGCUAGCGAAGAAACAUAUGAUCCCGUUGCUGAAUUGACACGUGCGAAACAGCACAUCGAAGAUCUCGAGUUGAGAAAAGAAACUCUAGUAGAAGAGUGUGCUUCAUUAAAGAAACAAUGCGAUGAACUAACAAUGCAGAAGCAGGCGGUGGAAAUCAAGUCUGAUAUGCUUUUAGCCGAAAGUCGUCGAGUUAUUGAAGAAAAAGACAAUGAAUUGAAACGUCUUCGUGAAAAUACCAAUGCUGCUACAUGGAACAAUACGACCGAUUUGAAUAACACUUGGACUGAUAUUUUAGAAGAUGAUCAACCGGAAAUUAAUGAAUAUCUUCGAUAUCAACGAACGAUACGUGAUUUAAAAGAUGAGAAUAGUCACUUACGUGACGAGUUGGCUAAUCUACGAAAAACAUUCAAAGCGCAACAAGCGGAAAGAGAUCAAUCUCAUCGAGAUAAUGAAAUCAGUCAACUCGAACAAGCACAUGCAGAACAAAUGUCAACUUGUCGACGAGAUUAUGAUGAACAGAUACAAAAAUUACAAUCGCGUAUAGCAGAAUUAGAAGAAUGGAAUAAAAAUCAUCAAGAAGAAGAAUUACAAAAAUCCAUCGAAGUGCAAAAAGACGUCGACGAUGUUGAUAAAGAUCUUCUUUCUCAAGAACUUGAACAAGCCAAUGAAAAAUUAAAUUGGUACAAUGAGAAAUUCAAAGAAUUCAUCAAUUUACAAUCCAAUAUGGAAUUAUUAGUAACUAACAACAAACAAUUGGAAAAUGAAUUACAACUUGAACAGCAAAACCAUCAAUCUGCUUUGAAACGUCUUGAACAAUUCGAAGCCAAUCAACAAAUUGUAAAUAAUAUUGAUGAUUUAACUCAUCUCCUCACUGAAGAACGACAACGUUGUGAUGCUCUGGCUGCUGAUAAUGAUUCAAUGUUUCGUCUGUUGGAAGAAACUCGUGUUCAACAUGAAAAUCAAAUCAAGGAAAAAGAUAAACAAAUUGAAGAUUUAAAUUCUCAGAUAAACAAUCUUCAACAACAACUGGAAACAAAGGAAAACGAAUACGAAAAAGAAAUCAAUGAACUACAGCAAUUUAAAGAAAAACAAAAAGAAGAAGAAGAACAUCGUCUGAAAGAAUCGAAAUUACGAGAAAUGUUAGAAAAGCAAUUAGUUGAAGUCAAUGAAGAUUUACAAACAUUGGAAAACGAAAAGAUGGAACUACAUAACCAAAUCGACGAUUUAAAAGAUCAAUUACAAAAUAAAGAACGACAAAUUCAAUCAUUCGAGCACUCAAUGGCAACUCCUGGUUCUCCCACUACCAUGUCUUCGUCUCCCGAUACUCGUGCUCGUUCUCCAUCUCCUCAAACCUUCGAACAUUUACUUGAAUUAGAAGCUCAAAUUCUUCGAAAUGAGCAACAAACUCGCGAAUUAAACUCCAUCUAUGAUCGAUUCGUCACUUUAUUACCAAUCGAACUUUCCUCGACAGACAACCAUCAAUCAUCAUUAGCCGACAAGUUCACAAAUCUAUUCGAACAAUGGUCAACUUAUGUUGACACUCUUUCAAUCACGCAACAAGAACUCGAUUCUGUUAAACAAUUACUGAUCGAAAAACAAGACGAUCUUGAAAAACUCCAGUUCGAUUUGGAUUUAUCCACAACAAAGCUGAUCGAAUUUCAAGAACAACAAACAUCGUUAUCACAUGUGAAUCAAUCGAAGAAUGACGAAGAUAACGAAGAAGAGAUCGAACAACUUCUCGAAUUACAUCAAUUUCCACAACGUGCGCCAUCGAGACAAUCGAUCGUGUCCAGUACACCUGGUGAAAAGCAACAAUUGAUCGCUCAAAAUGAAUUACUUUCUUCGUUACUUGCCGAAAAAGAUCGAGAAUUGAUUUCCUUGCAACAAGCGGAGAAGACACGUGAAGAUUUGAUAAAGAAUUUAGAAACUCUCAAAAAGACUUUGCAACAAAUGGAAUUGGAUAAGGAAGUUAAACAAGUUGAAUUGAAUGACAUUCGAAAUGUUCUUGAUGAGAAAUUACGCGAAACUUCUUCGUUAAAGAAAGAGAAAAUGUAUUUUAUCGAAAAACUCGCCGAAUUAGAACGAGAAAAACAGGAACAACAAUCUAUCAUUCAGGUUUCACCUAAACAACAAACAUCACCAGAUGAAGACAAACCCUCAACACAAAUUUCUUCAUCAGAAGAAACAAAAGGAAUUUACACACAAGAACAAUACGAAAAACUCCGUUCGGAUCACGAUCAACUCGUCGAAUUUUCAAAGAAACAACACGAAGAAUCGCUUUCCUAUUACAACGAAUACACUCGCAUAGUUGCUCUUUACAAUGAACUGAAUACCAAACAUAGUCAAUUACAAGUCGAUUAUGACUCUCUCCAAUCAUUAAUUCAACAGAAGAAUGAAGCAUAUCUUCAAUGUCAAAAUGAAUUGAAUAAUUAUCAAAAUCUUCUUUAUCAUGAAAAGAAAAAAUCGGAAGAAAUUGAUCUUCUACGUUCGACAUUGAUCGAACGUGAUGCAAAAUUACAACAAUUAAUUGACAAUGAAACGAAACUUCUGGUUAAACAAUCCGAACUAGAACGCGAUGUCAAAUUAUUAGAACAGACAAACUUUGAAAUGAAAUCUGCCGAACAAUUGUUUAUCGAACAACUACAGCAAACCAAUCCAGAACAGAUGAACUCUCAUCUACAGCAACUUGCAAAUGAAAGAGAUGCAGUUUUAGCAGAGAAAAAACAAUUGCUGAAUGACAUAGAAUCUACUCGACAAAAGAUGUUACAAUUCGAAGAACGAAAAAAGAAAUAUUCAAGUGAAAUUGAGCGACUACGAACUCAUCUAUUGAAAAUGGAAGAAUCUUAUACAACGGAUUUGAUCGCUGCGGAAGAGCGAGAGAAAACAUUGAGAAAUCAAAUCGCAGAAUUAGAAGAUUCGAAAAACGCACAAAAUGAACUGAUUCAACAACUGAACACAAGCGGUGAACAAUCAAAACAAACUUUGGCAACUGAACUAGGCACAUUAAAAUACGAAUAUUCGAAACUCGAAGCAACAAAUACAAAUCUAAACAAUCAAUUACAAUAUCAAUUGAAAUGUUCACAAAAUCUACAGAAUGUUCUCGAACAAUUUAAACGAGGUACCUCAAAAACUUCUCUUUUUUCACCAGCCCAUUGUUUGAAUUUGAUUUUAGAACGUGAACAACAUAUUAACGAACAUUUACGACAGUAUCAAGAUGCAUUACGUGAACAGACAGCAUUGGCCGCGCGUUUAACUGUUGAAAACAAUGAAAUUCGUGCGCGAUUAGCUGAGUAUAACGAAGCUUUAUCAGCAGCUCAGCGUCUAAAUGAUCAAAUUGAAAAGAACGAGGCGCUUGUGUCUAAAUUUCAAAAUGAAAUUCGUGAGAAAGAGAAAUUAAUUCACCAAUACGAACAUAAUUUACGUGAUCUUCAAUCAACUAGUGGUUCACGCGUUGAAAAGCAACUUGUGAAAAACAUUCUCCUUUCAUAUUUUCACACACCCGUCGAUAAACGACAAGAAGUUGUUCCACUUUUAGGAGCAUUAGUUGGUUUCAGCCAAGAUGAAUAUCGAAAAGCGAUUGAUGCGACGUCAACAAACAAUAGUAACUAUGCGAAAGGAGGAGCAGGCUGGUUAUCAGGAUGGUUAGGUGGAAAUCAACCAGGAAAUCUAGCGCGUACAAGAACACAAUCAGAAACACCUGUUUAUGAUCCAAAUAAAUCAUUUACUGAAUUAUUGAUUCAAUAUGUUGAUCAACAAUCAGCAAACAAUCCUCAACAUCCAGCUGCCAAAUUCAAUACCGAAGAAUAUCUUCAACGGUAUGAUAAUGCGAAUGCAAGUGGUCAUCUUAUGAGAAAACCAUCACUGUCAGCAUCAGCAAAUCCUUUUGUGAAUUCUCCACAUUUAUCACUCAAUCGACAAGUGCCUCCAGUGGUUUUAUCAACAACAAAUCCAACUGGUGUGAGUUUACCGCCGUUACCUCCUUCAUCAUCAUCUGCGCCAACGCCAGCAUCGUCGUCAACUGCGGAGUCUUCAUCGACUAUUCUCAAAGAUUUGUUAAAACUUUUUAAUUUAGAACAAAUUACCAGUAAAUCAAUCAUGGCAUAUCAUUCCUCUUUCGACAAAAGCAAAUUUCGCGUCGGAAACAUGGCGCUGUUACCAAUUCGCACUCGUUAUAGUGGCCCAGCUCCCAUUGAAACAUCGACAGAAAACGAGGAUAUUAUUGAUGAAGCAAUGAAAUUUUUCCGAGCCAACAUAUUUUUUCGCAAUUAUGAUAUCAAACAUGAUGCUGAUCGAACGUUGAUCUAUUUGACAUUAUAUAUCACUGAAUGUUUACGACGACUUCAAAAAUGUCAAUCGCGUGUGCAAGCGCAAAAGGAAUUAACAGCAUUAGCUAUUUCGAAUUUUCCAAUACCAGGUGAUAGUGAUUUUCCAUUGAAUGGAAUGUUCACCAAGCCAACUCAUGAUGAAGUUGACAAAAUGAAACAAUAUCUUGAGCAAUUACGCAAAGAAUGUAGUGAUCGUAUGGUUGACCGAGUGAUCGAUCCAGAGACUGAUAAACCAUCAAAAUGGUGGCUCUGCUUUGUUCGUCGUCGUUUUAUGGAUAAAAGUUUAUUAAACAUCGGUACAUUAUAA